CUUCCUUAUGACCCUUCAGCAUUGUGACUGCUGCUCCAUUUGUUGUCUGCUGCCUGCUCCUUCACGUAUCUGAAGCAAAAAUGACAUCUGGGGUCAAAUGUACCGACCAAGUGACAUCCGUCUACAGUGCAAUGCAGUUAACGAAAACCGAUGACGAUCCAAGCGAACGUCCAAGGAUAGUUCAAUUUAAUAUCACAAACGGUUACAUUGAUGUGACGAAGAUUUACAGGCAAAAGGAGAUUGAGGGCAAGGAGGAUGUACACAAGUUCUUUGGAAGUUUGUUCGAUGAAGAGAAAUGCUGUUACUUUCUGUAUGACUGCCUAUAUGAAACCAAGGACACGCAAAAAAAAGACCUGGUCUUUAUCAUGUGGACUCCCGAAAAUUCAAAGGUCUCAGACAAAAUGCAGUACUCCAGCUCCAAACAAAGCAUCACUAAAGUGAUGAAAGCUGUCAAACACAUGUUCGAGAUGCAGCAACUUUCAGAUGUGAGAGACAAGGAGGACUUUGCAGAUCGUUUAGGAAGAGAAGUCAUCAAGGUCGAGGGCCACGCUCUGAAGAAGUGUGGCGCUUUCGCAAAAGGGAAAUAAAGACUGGGAUGGGAUUAGAUUCCUGUGACACCAGCUUCAUUCAUCCUCGGUCUACUGAACCCUCCAUUCUUAUUGGCUUGGCUGAUUGACAUAUUUAGAUAUUGGUGCCAUGUCGCUUGAGAUUAGCUACAUUUAUAUUUCUCAUCAGUUGUAUGUAAAUGCAUACUGUUUGAGUCCACCCAUACAUUCUGUUGUCCUUCAGGCGUCUGUUAAAGUUGACUGUUGAGUCUGUAAGUGCUAACACUAGGUUUAAUAAAAAAAAUAAAAUGCUGGGCCUGAAAACCUUUCUAGACUGUUACUCUGAACACCUUUUACAAAGGCAAACAAUGGAUGAUUUAAAUGCAAAAUGGAGCAGUCAGUGCAUGUAUUGUCAAAUAAAUUUACAGCAAUCA